AGCGACCGCGCGGGGCACCCGCGAUCGCCGGGGGCGUGGCCACCCCGCAGUGCCCACGGCAGAUCCGCGGGGGGAGCGGAAGAGAUCAGCACCGCCAUGGUCUUCUUCGUGUACAUUGGAGGCGGUCCACGGGCCCUCGCCCUGAGCGGUGCCAUGUUCUUAGCCUCCAUGCUCAUCCAACGCUGGGGGACCGACGAGUUCACAGGUGAGAUGAGCUACUUCGACGAGCUCGAAGCGGAGCGUGGCUUCCACAGUUAUGGCCUUGACCGCAUGGAGCGCCUGCGCCUCGAGCGCCAACGGCGGCACCGCAGCUCCGAGCGCCACGCGCGCCACGGGCGCGGGGGCAGUGCGUCGGGCGGAACGGGCGGCGGCUUUUUGGGCGGCGGCCUGUUCGGCAUGAGCGACUACUUCGGCGGCGGCUUCUUUGGCUCCUUUUGCGCAGCCAUGCUGCUGUCCCUCUUCCUCUUUGCAGUAGGGCUGUUCCUUUUGCGCGCGCGGCCCGCGUUGCGACAACACUGGCUAGUACAGAGAAUUGAUCAAGUGCUGAUGGACGUCGCCGCGCGCAUCGAAGUUUGGAUGCUGAAUCUGCUGGGCCAAGAGAACCACCGAGGGACACGUGAGCGCGUGAGUAGCGAGGAGGUGCAGAAGAUUCAGAGAGAGACCUUUGUGGAUGAGCAGCAGCUCCAGAAGUGGAGCGUGGCAUCCCUCAAGGACGAGCUGCGGAAGCUCCACCGUCAGGCCGAGCUGCGGAUGACCUUCGCCGGCGGCCGCGAGACCCGGGAGAUGCAACAGUUUCUGAAGUCUGGGCUUGGCGUGGAGAAGGCGGAGCUGGUCCAAGCAGCUCGGCAGAGCCAUGCAGAGUUGGUUCUGAGCAUGUGCUCAGGUUUGGAAGGGAGAAGUUGACCGAGAAAGAGGGAAGAAUUGGGAAAAUUGGGAAGGUGUACCCUCAGCUUCUGUGACUUGUGUCAAUAUAACUUCGAGACCCCAAGCAUCACUUGGUUGGCCCAGCAGGUUCGGGACAUCUACUGAGGUCAGUAAGGGAGUAGUGUUUUUUUUGUCCAGUUUGGUGUGGUCAUGUCAAGUACUUCUACCAUGUUCAUGUCAAGUACUUCUACCAUGUUUGUGUUAUCAUUCCACCAUACGGUUGGUGGACAUGUUGUUUGUUCGUUUAUUUAUGCGUUCUUUCUCCUGAUUCCGUGGAACGCCUGUUUGCAUUUUGUGACUGAAAUGUUCAUCCAUCAUUGGACCCUCCGAACUGGAGGGUUUGGGGGUCCUUGAUUCUGGUGCUUUUCAUCCAGAAAGGCCCCCGAUUCGUCUCCACGUCCCUCGCAUCGCAUCGUCAUCGCAUGUCGAAAACGUGCUGCGACGAUGCGAGCAACGGGUCCCUGGAACGGCUCGUUCUGCUUUGGGACGAACAGUUGUCUAAGUAAUGCAUGGACUAACACCCUCUACUCAGCCUGGAACUAACAUGAAGCCCCUGUUUGUGU